AUGCCUAGGGCCCCGCGGAAUCACAGCAAGACUUACAAGCCACCGCGUCGUGCUUACGAGGCCCCUCGUCUCGAUGCCGAGCUGAAGCUCGCCGGAGAGUACGGCCUGCGCAACAAGCGUGAGAUCUGGCGCAUUGGUCUUAUUUUGUCCAAGAUCCGUCGUGCCGCGCGUGAGCUUCUCAAGCUCGACGUGAAGGACCCCAAGCGUCUCUUCGAGGGUAACGCCCUCAUUCGCCGACUCGUCCGCAUUGGUGUGCUCGACGAAUCCCGCAUGCGUCUCGAUUACGUAUUGUCGCUGAAGAUUGAGGACUUCUUGGAGCGAAGGCUACAAACCCAGGUCUUCAAGAGUGGGUUGGCUAAGAGUAUCCACCACGCGCGUGUGCUUAUCAGACAAAGACAUAUCCGCGUUGGCAAGCAAGUUGUCAAUGUCCCUUCAUUUAUCGUCCGACUUGACUCCCAAAAACACAUUGACUUCGCUCUCACCUCGCCGUACGGUGGAGGCCGCCCCGGCCGCGUCAAGCGCAAGCGCGCCGCUGCGGCUGCGAAGAAGGAGGAAGGUGGCGAAGAGGAAGAGGACGAGUAA